AUGAACAGCGGUAUUGUUGCAAUGGAGACGUCCUUGGUCAUCCUCGACCAGAAUGUUUGGGAUAAGGUGCUGGACUUCCCUCGCUUCAAGAGCAUUCCGAACUUCAUGCACCUCAUGGCCGUGAAUCGCUUGGCCAAGUCCUCCCCAGACUGGGUGCAGCGCUUCUCCCGGACCAACACGGGCACUUUCGCGGCUCAGUGGAUGGUAGCCGACUACAACCAGUUCGAGAGCGGCAAGCCAUUACCCGAUGGCAUGUUCUGGGUAGUGGAGAUGAUCCCCGGAGUUUCGGAGAUGCAGGACAUGAGCGCACAUCUGCGCGAGCACAGGUAUUGGGCAUCCUUCAAUCGCCCCUUCUUCGGCAAGACCCGCGAGCUGUCCGGCUUCAGCAUGGCUGAGAGGACACACGGCUCUCUUUACUCCUACCAGGGCAACCCCCGUGCCUACGCAUUCAGCAUGGUGGCACCGGCGAUCAACGCUCUGCCAGAGAUGAGGGAUGUCAUGACCCAGAAUGCGUAUCCCUACGGGAGCCCGCCAAAUGAUCCUGGGCACCAGAUUUCCGCACGGAUGGACCUGAGCCCCAUCCUGAAGCUGCCGAAUGGAGGCAUCGAUGCGAAGGCCUGUAUGCGGCCGAACUCUUGGUGA